AUGAACCUCAUCACCGCCCUCGCCCGGCUCACAACGACCCUCCUCGUCCUCUGCACCCUCACCCUCUACCGACUCUCCACAAUCCUCUCCCCGAACCGCCCCAAACCAAACCGAACAAGAGGCAAAAAUACCCACCUCCUCAUCGUUCUGGGCAGCGGAGGCCACACGGCCGAGAUGUUCGCCAUGCUGCAAAAGGCGUACGGACAGAAAGGCUGGGAGGACUUCUGCCGAAGGACAUGGGUCGUGAGUUCCGGGGACACAAUUUCCGCCGCGAGAGCGAAAGAAUGGGAAGAAAACAGAAAUGUAGGCGGGCAGUGGGAAGUGAGAAUCGUGGAGCGGGCGAGGAAGAUCCAUCAGCCGCUGUGGACUGCGCCGAUUUCCUGCAUGAGGUGUGCGUGGGGUUGUGUGGGGAUUCUGAGGGCGGCAUAUCCGGAUGUCAUCCUGUGCAAUGGGCCCGCUACUGCUACGAUUCUCGUCUUCACGAGUCUGGUGUUGAAGUUCUUGGGGUUGGGGGAAGGGGAGGGAAAGAUGAGGACGGUGUAUGUGGAAUCUUGGGCGAGGGUGAAGAAGGCUAGCUUGAGUGGGAUGUUGCUUUCCUGGGUGGCGGGGAGGUUCGUGGUGCAGUGGGAGCAGAUGGAAAGCGUUUUGGGGAGAAAGACGGAAUUUGGGGGUGUGCUGGUUGGCUGA